AUGGGAUCCACUUCUGCUCCCCCUUCUACUAAAGAAACUGGAUCAACCGACUCGUUUGCGAAACUGGAUCAACCGACUCGUUUGCGGUACGAACAAUCAUUAUCAAAGCCACGGGAGGUACAAACACUCAAGGAAUUCCUGCAAUUUCUGGAGAAACACUUUCAAUCCAUGGAAGCGAUGGGUGCCAAAGACAAAUCUACAAGCGCAACUGCAAAGGAUUCAAAAAGGGAUGUGAGCAAAGACAUUACAUCAGUAGCCACUCCAACACAAGGCAACGAAUCGCAAAGUACUACACCAUCCAGGACCAAAUCAACGCCAUCAAAAGACGAAGCAGCGUCACUUACCACCGCAAAGCACACAAAGUCAAACACAUAUGUACUACUCAGCACUGCCAUGGUGAAAGUUAGAGGAAUCGGAACAGAAGUGCAGUGUCGGGCAAUUCUCAAUUCAGACUCACAAGUUAAUUUUGUGACUGAACGAUUGGUUAAACGUCUUGGCAUCUCAACUAAACCAUCACCAAUCUCCAUUAGUGGCAUCGAGUCAAGGAGCACUAAGAUACAGCAUCGAGUCAAUGUGGCGCUACAGUCUCGGAUCAACAACUUUACAACGCGGCUAGAGGCAGCGGUAUUGCCUCAGAUUAUAUCCCCGCAGCCGUCGCAAGAAAUCAAGAUCGACGAAUGGCAAAUUCCUGAGAACAUCAUGUUAGCCGAUCCAUCAUUCAAUCGCCGUGACAAAAUUGAUAUAUUGUUGGGGGCGGAAUUCUACAAUCAACUGAUGGCAGCAGGGCAAAUAAAACUGUCAGAUGACCUACCCAUUCUGCAAAAUACAGUGCUGGGAUGGAUCAUCGCGGGAAAAGUUGGUGGCAACUACAUCUCAAAUGCAAUAUGUGGAAUCUGUACCAACGAUGACAUCAACUUAGAUGCAGCCAUUGCUCGAUUAUGGGAACUUGAGGAUGUUGCAACUGUAAGAAAACAACAUUCCGUAGCAGAAAAACAGUGCGAAGCUCAUUUCGCACAACAUACACUCAUCAAUGAAAAUGGGAGAUUCAUGGUAAGGCUACCAUUUCAUGAAAAUCCGGAGGCCUUAGGGGAAUCCUAUGGGAUGGCGUAUAAUCGAUUCCUGGCCUUAGAACGUCGACUGGCAAAAUCGCUCCAGACAAAGAAUCAAUAUGUACAAUUUAUGGAGGAAUAUGAGAACUUGGGGCACAUGACGCGAGUGGAUAUUGAUUCCAUCAGCAAACCUAGGUUCGUCUUCACCACAGAUGUAGAAAAAAUGUAUCGACAGAUGCUCAUUCAACCGGACGAACGCAAAUUCCAACUUAUCAUCUGGCGAGAGGAUUCAAGCCUACCAAUAAAGCAUUAUCAGCUAAAUACAAUCACACAUGGGACAAGAUCUGCUCCAUAUUUAGCCCCUAAAUGUUUGCAGAAAAUUGCAAAAGAAAAUGCAUUACAAUAUCCUCUUGGUGCUCAGUUUCUACAGGACAAUUUUUAUGUAGACGACGGAAUUGGUGGGUCAGACAGCUUAACCACGACGAUGGAAAUCCAACAGCAACUGAUACACACCUUAAAACAACGUGGUCUUAACCUAAGAAAAUGGUGCGCCAAUCACUCACAAUUACUGCAAAAUGUUAGCAUGGAGGAACAAGAAGUUGACAUAGACUUUGACAAUGACAUCAAUCAAAGUAUUAAAACGUUGGGGUUAACAUGGAUGCCUAAGAUGGAUCGAUUCUGCGUAAAGGUACGCCUAGGAAGCUGCAGUCUUGCAACUAAACGCUCAGUCAGCGCCGAUCUUGCAAGGCUAUUCGAUCCGUUGGGGAUACUAGCACCAAUUGUAGUCAUGGCAAAAAUGUUUAUUCAAGAUCUCUGGCAACUGAAGCUGACAUGGGAUGAAGCAUUACCAGCCGAUUUGAAUGAGAGAUGGACAACAUUUCGAAAUGAUUUGCAAAAAUUGGACAACAUGCAAGUUUCACGGCACGUGUUUGAAGGAUACAUCCCAGCAAAAAUUCAAAUUCAUGUCUUCUCCGACGCAUCAGAAAAGGCAUAUGGUGCUGCGAUUUACAUUAGAUCCGAGCUGGAUGAGGGACGAGUACAAGUGAGGCUGCUCUGUGCAAAAUCUCGUGUGGCACCCUUGAAACUGCAAACUAUUCCUCGGCUUGAGCUCUGUACAUCAGUACUGGGUACUCAACUUACUACAAGGGUCAAAUCAGACCUUAAGCUAGACGAUGUGGCUACAUACUUUUGGACUGAUUCACAAAUCGUGUUGGCAUGA